CGUGUGAACUAAUUUUUGCAAAUGAGAGUUUGAUACAAGACUUCGCGUUAUCAAACACAAAGCCGGUCAAAAUAUCCAACCAAAAUGCUCAACCAUAAGGUCAAUGUGGCAAGCCAAGGGUUUUGACUCUGGCCGACGUGACCACAUCCUCCACGACGAAUACGCCCCGGUGAAAAGAGAUGGGCGAUCCAGGCCGAAGCAAGGACUCGUAAUCAGGAAGGACCGCGCGCGUAAUGUCGAGACCUUCCGCAUGGAGAUGGACGAAGUGGCCCCGAGCUUCAAGCUUGGCCCGAUCUACGAUUCAUCGAGAGCGCGAACUCCGAGCGAGGGGCUUUUCGAGACCAAAGCCCCUCCCACCCCUCGGAACAGAAAACUAAGCGGCGAGGAAAGCCUCCAAUUAACCCCCAUCUGGCAGCAGAUCAUCACCUACCAGAAACUCCCCUACAACGUCAGCAAAUCAGCCCUGUUCAACGAGAUCAGCCAGAGGCUCGUCGAUCCCGAAUGGCAAGUCCGGCAACACGGAUUGAAAGUCCUGCAGGACGUAAUCCCGGUGAUCGAUCCUAAAGAGCUGGACGAUUUCAUGAUCGACUGCGUUCUCCCCGCGGUGGUUUCGAAUUUAGUCCACACGGCGCCGGCCGUCAAGUCGAGUGCAUUCGAUGUCUUGUUGAUGUACUUGAAAUACUCGCCCGACCCCGAGUACGUCCUGAGGACCGUCGUUUUUCAAACACUCGAAUCGUCCAACGUCCCGAGCAACCUGCAAAUCUGCGCCAUGAACUGUUUGCCGACUUUGUUGAGUCAGGUCUGCGCGAGCGAGAAUUUCAACAACAACGCCGCGUUCGUCGAACACGACUCGAGCAGCAAUACUUUGAGGGUUCCAAGUCGGAGCGGCACACCGACUGCCAGGAGUCCGAAUCGCUCUAGGUCGCCUGUUAAUCAGUCGAUAAAAGUUGAUCAGUUGUCGCAACAGAGCCUCCUGCACCUGAUUUCGGUUCUGGCGAAGAAGAUGGUUCAGAUUGCGUUUCAGCACUGCGCCGUCGCGUGCCUUGAAAAAAUCAAGCACAUGAUCGGCGCUAACUUUUUCGACCACUUCUUGGAGACCCACAAACCGAAUUUGAAGAGGGAUUUCGACGUGCUGUGCCAAGUUUACGAGCUGCCAAACUCGAACAUCUCCGACGUGAUGAUCAGCCCGAUGGACUCGCUGAUCUCGUCGGCGGACGACAGGGAGGCUGAGGUCUUCUUCUUCGAGGAGAAUGACCAACAAGACGACACCGAUCAACCCUCAUCCACAUCGUCCUUCGUGUCAUCCUCCGAGGAGAACGCUAAAGCUUUCAAUCAAAAUCCGCAAAGCAACCCGCAAGUUGCGAACGAAAGGAACGACAAACUCGAAUCAGCUACAAAAACUGAGGUCGCUGAUCAGAAUGCUAAUACCCUGGAUGCAAGCGCAGACUCGAGGCAACGUCCAUCGAGCAGAUCGGACGCGACAUCAGAGAACGACAAAGAGAAGAUCGACAACGGCGAAGUUUUGGUCGAGACGGAGAUCAAGCUCUCCGAAGACACGGCGAUUCAGAUGAUGAUCUUGCAAGAACGGGGCGAGAAGGAAAAUACGAAGGACGAGUCAGAGGAAGACGACGAGAGCAAACAGCUGAAACGAGUCACAUUCGGCGGCGAACUGAUCAAACUGCGGACUCCUGACAGUGACAACCCGACGACCGACGAUGAUCAGAGGAAGAAAUACGACGCCGCGCAACCGAGAGAAAAUGACACCGUCAGAUCGAAACCUCCGAGCGUGAUACCUUUAGACGAAGAGAUGAACAUCGUCACUAGAAGGUUCGUGGAAUUGGAUAUGGACGAAAGCAAAGUGGAAACUGCGGAACAGAAGAAAGAUCCGAAGGAAAAAGACCAAGGCAAGUCCAGGAUCGCAACGCCCCAAGAGAGGCCUCCUUCGAGGAAUAGUCCACUGUUGUACGAUGCACCCCGGCGACCGGGGAGUUCUUCCAAGGGUGGAAAGGUUCGAAAGGCGGACGGGAAAGUUAAGAAACUGCGACGUCCUCGCUCGAGUCACAUCCCGAUCCCGAUCAAACCGGCGCUUCACAGGCCCAAGUACCGGAGGUUUGUGCUCAGUGCGAACGCGCGCCGCUCGAGCUCCAAGAGCCAGGCCUCGUCGUCGGCGACCUACGACGUGCGAGACUCGCCCAUCCCCAACCUGGAGGGCGGCGAGUCGCUGACCAGCAGCUCCGAGGGCGAGAACCGCCACAGGGACGCCGAGCAGAGCGUCAGGUCCAGCGGGUUCCUGCCGCAUCUCGGGAUCAUCUCCGCCGAGACUUUGAGCGCUGUUAGCAAUAAGGAUGAUUGGCGACAGAGAGGGCGCGGGUUGGACCAGCUCACCCACAGCUUACGUCAGCCUGACGUGGUUAGAUUCUUGGGAGCCAACGAUCCAUUGCGAACAGGCAGCGCAUCCUUGCUCCGACUCCUCAUAAGCAUCCUCAACGAACGGAAAGCUCCCCUUCGCGUUCUCACUGGCUGUUUGAAGGCGCUAAGAGCUUUAUGUUUAGCCCUCCCUGUCCAGAGUCUGGUACCUGAGCUUCCUUAUUUGGUUCCGGCUACUUGUCAGCAUAUAGGGGGUGUCUCGAACAUCAGUGUAAAACUUGAAGCAGUUGAAACAAUUAAAAUGCUUUUGCGCAAGCUGAGACCAUCUUCAAUAGUGAAUGUCCUAUUCACGGAACAGUGCUAUUUCUCCAAAAGCUCUAAGAUGCGAGAGAACUCAUUACUUUGUCUGUUGUACGCCUUGAUGAUAUUUCCCAGCACUGAAUUCAAUAUUCCUGAGUUAACAAAUGUUCUUAUUCAAUGUGGAAGCCACGAACCAAAAAGGAAAGUCAGGCAAGCUUUGUUGGACACUUUCGCUGUUCUUGGCCAAUUCUCUCCUCCGUUCUAUGUUAGUCCAAUUUUGGACACUGAUGAUAGUGAUCUAAGAUUCUUCAAGAAAGCAAUCCAAGCUCGUCUUGCAAGGAGGCAGCUACCAACGGUGUCACCCGAGGGACUCAUUCUAUACGCAUUACAAAUAACCCCCACUUCCAAAGGUUUGGACGUUGAAUGGGUGCAGGCUGGUAGUGGAUCAGUUUCUGUAGGGUCAGCCGACUCUCAAUUUUCAACAGCUCCAUUUCUCACCUCUGAUCAGCAACACUCUUUCUUUAGCGGUGUCUGGAAUGAUUCAACUAAUGAUAUUAUGGUCACAGGAGUGCCACCUGUCAGCUUCCAUACGCGAGAUGUCCCUUCGUAUGCAUUUUAUACUCAUACUUCUAAGCCAGCUCAAGGCACCAAUCACACCACUGAUCAGCGGUUUUUCUACCCAGCUUAUGAGUUCCCUACAAUUAAAGGAGCUAACAGUGACCCUAGAAAAACGAAGGGUGCCUUUGAAAAAAGCAAUGGAAUAGCCAGUCGAGGAAUAAAAACUUGGCCGCCCAUGCAGAAUAACUCAAAAUUUUCAUCAAGUCCGCUCCAUUCAGCUGAUCCUGUCUCACAAGAGGAACAAAUAACUCUGCUCAACUUUCACAAGAAUUUUUAUUCAAAUCCAAACAAUUCAAAUUUGCCUGUCAUUGUCUCAUCAAGUCUCCCUGAUUGGAAAAUACCAACAUGGGCCGAAAAUACGUCGUAUUAUUCAAAAGCAACAAAUGUGUCGAAGUGGGGGCAAAGAGAUGAGUUUUUUCAAUACCAGCAUUACCCAAGAAUUGAACCGCUAGGGAAAAUUGUAUCAAACGACCCAACAAGUUUUCCGGGAAACAGAUCAAAUGGCAAUCAUUACAACGCCUCUACCUCCAUUCAUGGUCGCACAUCUCACCUACCCUCAAUGCAACAAAAUGAUUUCAUGCCCCUUCCGAACCACGCAGUCAAUUUACUUGGUGACGAUGUAGACUUUUGUAAUGAUGACAUAGGUGUUAAGAAAAAUCUGUCUUCAUCUGUACCUCUUUCAAAGUCGUAUGAUAAUCUCACGCACAAAAAUGGAUCCGGUGAAAACAGGUUUCGAUACAGCACUUCUCUACAAAGAAAACAGUCUGAAACAAAAUCAAACAAGAGCUCACCGUUGUAUCCAAGUACUCUGCAACCUUUUGACAGUCCCAAAGAUGCCUUAGAAAAGUGCCUUCUACAAAUUGAAAGUCCCGAAUGGGAAAUUGUUAUGCAAAGUCUUCAAGGGAUCGUUCGACUCUGUCGUUAUCAUCCAGAGAUUUUAGUUUCUGCGCUUCAUAGGAUAGUCACCAGCCUAUCGAAACAGAUACGAAGUCUGAGGUCCCAAGUAACAAAGGCAGCUUGUGUUGUGUCACAAGAGUUGUUCGAGCAACUAGGGAAAACUAUGGAUCCGGAAGUAGAGGAACUUGCUCCUGCACUUCUGUCUCGCACCUGUGAUGCCAAUAAAUUUUUACAGCAUGAUGCCAACUCCGCCUUAGAUAGCAUGAUAGAUAAUGUCACCCCAAUUCGUAGUGCCACGUUUUUACUUCUCAAAGGAGCCAAGCAUCGAAACGCAGUUGUUCGAACCACUGUUUGUCGAUUAUUAGCUCGACUUUGCCAGAAUCUCAGUGUAGGGCAAGUGUAUGCUUUUCCAAGGGACACGAGAGACUUAUUACUCAAUGCAGCAGCAAAAUUCCUUCUUGAAGGCAGUUUAGAAACAAGGGCAUAUGCUAAAGAACUAUUUAGUGUUCUAGCCCGAGAGCCAAAAUUCAUGAAACUCAUGAAUGAAGUUGUGCCAGCGAAAACGAUGGAAGCCAUUAGGAAGCCUCUUAUCAAAAUUGUUAGCCAGAAAUAAAUUGUGGUUUUUUAAGGAGAUAUUUUUUUAGGAAAUUCAAGUGUUGACUCAGUUUAUAUUUUUUACUAUCGCAUAAUCAGAUCUACCUGGAGAAACAUUUCUUUAGCAACAUUGAUUAAAACAUUAAGUUCUUCUGCUAUUCAUAUAACUGGGCAGAUUACUUUUGAUACUCAAUUAUAGUUAUUAUUAAUUUUUUUUUAAUCAUCAAGGGGAGUUGAUUGACCCGUGAACUCCUUAUCAGAGAAAUGUGUACAAAUCCGUCCAAGCCUGUACUUGAAUCAAAUGAAUAUUUUUUUCCCUCAGACUGAGGUGUAUCAUUUGCAUCUCAAAUUUAUUUUUCAAAGACUGAAGUACACUCUAAGUCUAUAAUUUUUUUGUACAGAAGCCUCUGAGGUCGUGAGCAGUAGAAAGAGAAGCAACAACUGACUCAAAAACUAAAGAAAGUAGUGCAGGAUUCGUUUUCAAAUAGUGACUUUUAUUAGAAGAGGAAGUUUUAAAGGAAACAAAAGUAAGAAAUUGAUUUCUAAAUUAAUCUUCGAGGGCUUUCAAAAUCGUAUAAUUAGUUUUACAAAGUUAUUUUGAACUGAUUUCAUAUACUACGCAUUCAUUUCUAUUUUUAUAAAUUUAGUGUUUUAAAGCAAAAUAUUGCUUAGUCAGAAAUUAUAAAUAUAUAUUUACAAGAUAGGAUUGGAAUUUUAAGAAAUUGUUGACUAGUGCUCCUAUUGUAAGUUUGCUCAGAAGUUUUAAGGGGCUGUUCAUUAAAAACGUAUUGCAAAAUUUCAGAUUAUUCGAUCCCCCCCCCUUCCCCUUUAUUGUCAACGCUUUCGUAAUUUUGGUCCCGAUACUUUGAAGCAUAAAAAGAAAAUGGCGUAAUGCUCUCCUUGACCCUCCCUCUAACCUAGAGCGUAACUUAUUUUAUGAACGGCCUGGGCACGGGCCCGGCACGGGUAAGUGGAAUGUUAAAGGGACACAUUAGCAUAAAGGCAUACUUCUCACAUGACUGAGCCAUCAAACUGAAACCAUCACAGAUGCAAAACUUCUGAAAAUUUUGUUGCAAAAUUACUGUAUGCAAAAAAUUUUGAAAUUCAAGAAAACUGUCACCCUGUUUAAUAUUAAAGUUUCGUAAAUGUCUCACAUAUCUACUUCAAGAGAUCCAGCCCUUGUCUUUAACAUACAUUUUUGGGACUGUUCAAUACCAUGGUUUGAAAAUUGAAAUAAUUAUCAGUUUAAACAAUCCUCAUGCCUACGGUGCUCGACUUAUAGAUUUGAAUUGUGCCUGCUUGAAGUAACAAACUUGAAGAGAGCAUUAAAUUAUAAAUGAGGAAUUUUUUGUGCCUGAAAUUUAAGUUUUUUGUCCGUUAUCUAGCUAGUUAUUUAAAAUAAUGUUUUGUAUUGUUUAGGGGAAUGAUUGUUCAAAGCAACUAUUGCAAUAGAUUUAUUGUUUGUUAUUGAUUAUUGAUUGAUGCAAUCAGGUCCAAGUAGUGAUUUUUUUUUUUGAAAAAAAAAGGAAAAAUAUUUGUGAAUUUUAAUUUAAUAAAGGUCGUUAAUUAAUGAAACAA